UGAACACCUCACGUGUUGAUGAAAACCGUAGGUUUUAACAAUAUUUCUUUUUCUUUUUUCUAAGUUACCUAUUUACUUACGUACAUAAAUGUUCCUACGGAUAACAUCCUACUCACUUAUUCUACAAAUUUGUAUUUUAGUAUCAUGUUUUUUCUCCUAUACCGAAGCCACUCAAGCAAUUUGCUUGAAGCCAGAUAAUCAGCAUGCUACACAAUCUCCUAUUAACAUUGAAAGUUUAAAAGUGAUAUCAGCCAGUACCACACCCCCAAUAAUUUUGCACAAUGCUCUGUUUGGUUUUUUGAACUUCACCAAUACAGGAAAAACACUCAUUGCCUACACCAAUCAAUUCCUGGAUCCAUCUAGCAUUACAGGAGGUGUCUUAUGUAACGACAUACCACGAUUGUAUAAAAUCCAUUCAAUAAUCCUUCACAUCAAUCAGAAUCCAAAUGGACGCAGUGCUCACUCUGUAGAUGGAAAGGGAUUACCCAUUGAAUUAUGGGUUAUAUACUACAAGACAUCGUAUGGAUCUUUGGAAAAUGCUUUGAAAUUUCCCAACAGUAUAGUAGUACUGGCACUUCCAGUUGGAGUAAGGAAAAUGCCCAGUGCAAGAUUUAUUCCAUUUCAACUAUUCUUAUCGACUGGAAUUUUGAACAAACCAAGCUCAUCGAGUGAACUACUUGGUUUGAUUGGAUACAUGUGGUUUGAUUAUCUCUCAAAAGGUCACGAACAUAAAUUAUAUAAUUACGUAGGAUCUUACUUGGAUCCAGAAACAGGGAAACUGACACAAAGUGCCAAAGUAAUUUUAUGUGAUCCUGAGCAAGCUCCCAUGAUUUCUUAUGAUCAAUUUGCAGUGUUCAAGAAUAUUCUCGGAUCGGAUGGUAAACCAAUAAAUUUUACACUCCCGAUUUAUCCACAAAAAUCAAGACCUGUUUACAAAAGCAUUGGUUUGCAUCUGGAAUCUAUUCCAAUUGUUUAAAUUUUGAUACGUUCUUGUAAAAUUUCUGGACCUCUGUACUUUUUAUUCAAAUUGAAUUUUGAAAAAAAUUUAUUAUUUUAAUUUUCAAACAUGUUUAAACCAAAAAAUAUUUUUUCCUCCUGAAAAAACAUAGUUUUUUACCUCUUGAAACAAGCUUAACAUUCAAACUGUGAAAUUUUUGAACCAAAAAAAUGAAUAAGUUUUUAAAAACACGUUUUUUUACCUUUUAAAAUACAAAUUUUUGAACACUCACUUUGCUUGGACAAAUUUCUACCUCUUUCCUAAGCUAAAAAAAAUUCCAGGUUUUGAAACAUCCAUAAUCUCAAGAGGGAAAAUAAUUUUUUCGAUUAACUUUAGUUAGGUAAUGUGAGUAUUAUUAUAUCAAUUUCAGUAAAAUGGUCAUUUCAUAUCCUCUUCUAUUUUAAAAAUUCGUCAUUUUAUUCGGCAAAAUUUGUAAUUUUUUUCACAUUACAGUCGGUAUAACUGUUCAGUCACCUCCCUCUCCCCCCUUCGAAAAAACCCUCUAUUUUUAUUCCUGUCAGUUUUGACUUAUAUUUUUACGAAAUUGAACAAAAAAGCAAAAACAAAUAAUUAUCAAUUGCACAGCAAGCAUUCCAGUAUCCAAACCUGAGAAAAAACAGAAGGAGGAAACCGGAAGGAUCUGAAAGGGAGGGGAUUAAAUUUGAAGGGCGUCAUUCGGGGUAAAGGACAAUUUAAUAGUGGUUUCUAAUAUGGAAUUUUAAUCAUCCUAUCAACAUACAAUCUCCAUGUAAGUAUCUCUAUAAAUUGCAUCGCAAAAUGAUGGAAAAUUAAAACACCGCCAAUGAUACCGAAAUAAACGCCUCGUUUUGCGCGCAUAGGUAUCUAAACGCAUACAGACUUAUAAUAUGCCUUUGCCUACGUAAAUUUUACACGUCACGCAAUCCUUUUUAUAAUACGAAUAGUAUAUCUAUACUGCCUACAGUUUAUAGUACGAUGAAAGAAGGGGGCUAUGGGGGAGUAGAUGAGGAGGCAAAGGUAGCGCGUACAUCGUUCGCAUUAACUCCGGUUAUGCGAUGAUAAUACAUUCUAACCUGUAUAUAACACAGGACGAAAUAGACGCUAUAAAAUAUCCCUGC